CUUUGUGGAUAUGGUGUCCGCGAAUCAUCGGAGGCAGCGAUAAACACCAAUGUACUUACGGCGCUGACGGCGUUUCUCCACGGGUUGGAGAUGCAGGCACUUGUCCAAAAGCAAGCGUCAUGCUGCGAAUAUGGUUUCGUCUACCGGGCACUCUCAGGAGCGGGCGCGUGCUCUGCAAAGGAGCAGAGACAGGCUGAAGCACUAACGGACUUCACGAUCCGCGGCGGAGUACUAUUCCACA